ACUCCGGAAGUGAUUUAUUGGACAACUAUUUACAGCUAGCUAGGUGCUAUUUAGCUUUUGUCUGAGGUCUGAUUAGGACCUCUUAUAAUGAUUUAACCAAUUGGUAAUUUAUUGCUUUACAACCAUUUAAUGACAUGGAUAUUUUAAGAGAUGAUGGAGGGCAUGAGCUAAAAUACAAACCAGGUGGGCGUUUGGAUAUGAGCCAUGGCUUCUUGCACCAUAUCCGCAGGAACCAGAUUGCUAGAGAUGAUUAUGACAAGGAAGUGAAGCAAGCCAAAAAGCUAAAGAAGCAAAGACACACUGCAACCCCAAAAAGACCUCGUCGACCUGACAUCCAAGUCUACAAUCCUCGACAAAGACGUGGAUCUGAGCCAGGUACCGGUGCUGAUGCUGAAGAAGGAAAUGAAACUGGGUCAAGCUCAGAGACUGAAACCCUUGGGACUGAACUCUUCUGGCUUGACUAUCAGGAGGAUUCUGGCACUGUUACAUCCUUUCUUGUGCACAAGGAGGAUAAACCUGAGAAGGUGGUAGAGCGCGUCGCAGAGAAGAACACCCUGGAUGCAGCCAUGAGGGCAGCUCUAGUGAUUCGGAUUAAAAAGGAAAUUGAAAAAAGACGAGACAACCAGUGACAAAUGUUCUCCGUUAAAACAAUUUGAGGACAAGUGAGAGAAGAUCAAUGUCAGCUCCUUUUAAAGCGUCAGCACUUUGUGUGUUUUUGGUCCUUGAUGAGAACUUUGCAUGUAUGCACAGUGACUGGUGGCAGAAAUGACCUACAAGCCAUAUUUCAUGUUUGAGGGAAACAAAAUGGCAUUUAUUGUUCUGUCAGGUUUACAUUUACCCUUUCAAUCUUGGAUUGUCAAAUUCUAGUUUACAAUACCAGAAAGACAUUUCACGCAGGUUUACAGAACAUUAUAAGUUAAAUCAUUGUUUCUAGAAGUUAAAUUCAGAAGGAGUUCUUUGUCAUCGAGCUCUGAAUGUUUUCUUUAUUUACAGCGAUCUAGUUUAUGUGGAAAGUGUUAUCAUUUUUGAUAGUUUUGUCAGUGAAGUGUCAAGUCUCUCAGCAAUGUCCUGUUUAUUAAAUAAGAUAGUUUUCUAAGUAGGUGUUUAGUUAUCUGUGUUUUGUAGUUUUGUAUUUAUUUAUUUUGAGUUGUUAAAAGAACAUUAUUUUUGAUACUGUAAUGGAUUUGAGAACAAGGUUUUACAUAUAAAAAAAGUCAUUCUUUUUGUUGUCCAGUUCUGUUUAGAUCAAGCAUCUGCAACUUUUACAAUCCAAAGAGCCAUUUUUCUCCUUCAGUCCAAAACACUUGUUCAGAGCCACAACUGUUACAGGACAUUUAGAAAAUCUUUUGAGAAAUGCCUACGGGCGAGGAUUAGAGCCAAUGGGAAAAAAGUUGGGUUUUCUCAGAAUUCUUAAAAUAACAAGAAUACUAAGAAAAAUGUCAGAACAUUGAGAUCCUUUUGUAAUUACCAUUUUUACUUUUUUUUUUUUUUAAAAACUUUUUCCUGUUGGGUUUUUGAUUUAAAAGAAAAACAAAACUUGCAAAAAGAGAAUGAUUAUGUUUUUAAUGAGAUAUUAAUAUUUAUGGAAAACCAUCUUUAAAAAAUGACAGGUACCUUAUCAUUCUGUUGCUGAAAUUCAGUCCAAAUCAGAAAAGCUUAAACCUGCUUUAUUAUUUCUUUACAUUUUAAUAUAAUUUUUAGCCAAAGUUUUUUUAGAGCCGUUGUGAACAACUCGCAGCGUCAGAGCUGCAGGCAAACGUCCUCUGGUCUAAUUGUUACUUCUGGACUUUAAAACCAGACAGAAAUGUUUGUUCUCACCUUCUCAGCAGGUGGCAGUAUCUGGUAAACUUUCCAGUUAACUUUUUUUUUUCUUUUGACGUUCCUGGACAUUUUUUCUCAUAUCUCUAGUUUUCUCACUGUGGUUGCAGUUAGCAUGCAUUUCCUAUGUUAUAAAUAAUGUUUUAAACAAUCCAAAGUUUUCGUUUAGAUGUAAAAAGUUCAUUUGAAAAAAGAGAUGAAUAUAACACAUUUUCUCACUUGACACCACGUCUCCAUCUCUACUCAUUUCUCCUUCCUCCUGUUAGAAGUGAACAAAAGUUUGUUAAACUAUCUGUAAAAGGGAGAGAAGGUAUUAUUGUGUUCCACUUGAGAUAAGAUAAGUUAUUGUGACACAAGACAGGAUGGCAUUUGGUGAGCAGGUCAAAUUCAGAGAAUUUAAACAAAAGAUACUAUAGAAAAUCAAAAAUGUAAUUUUGGUGAGAAAAUGUUGUUCGUGCCAUAUUCAGUACUUUUGUGUGAUUUUAAUAAAAUUUUUAUGUUGUGCUUAUGUUA